CUCACCCCCACACAGCAUGGCCAAAUGGGGCUCACCCUUCGUAUUUGCUCUGGCCUGUUUGGCUUUGAGCUGGAGAGUCUAUGGAGAUGACUUUGACUUGUAUGAUGCUCUAGGUGAUCCAACUGAGAAACCUAAACCAAAGCCGCCUAAACCACCCAAAUCCCCAACUCAUGACUCGGGUGAUCUGGAUCUGAGUGAUUUUUUUGAUACCCCUGUGAAGACAACAACCAAGUCACCAAGACUCCCACCAAAACAGCCAGACCUUCGGUUUUCUACCACAACAAAGAAGCCCAGAACUACUAAAAUACCCCCCAAGAAAUCAGAUCCAAAUGACUUUGACUUGUCAGAUGCUCUGGAUGGAAACAAUGGGAAAGGAGACAUUUCCGAUUCGGAUUUAGAUGAUAUUCUCAACGAUGGAUAUAACCCGGACAAGAAAAAAGGUGGCGGAGGCGGUGGAGGCGGUGGAGGCAGAGCCACGGGUCAGGGAGAUAAUGACGGCUCUGAUACUGGUUUUGGCAGUCAAGCAGAGACUGGGACUAUUGCCGGUAUCGCCAGUGCUUUGGCUAUGGCAUUAAUUGGUGCAGUAUCCAGCUACAUUUCUUACCAACAGAAGAAGUUCUGCUUCAGUAUUCAAGAAGGGCUUAAUGCUGAGUAUGUGAAGGGGGAACAUAUGGAGGCUGUAGUUUCUGAAGAGCCACAAGUGAAAUAUUCUGUUGUGGAAUCUCAGUCGGCAAUCCCCUAACAGAAGAUGGUGCAAAGGUGUGAAGGCUGACACAGGGAACCACCACAAGUCAAUGCCAGCCGCACACUGUCUCAGAAGCCUGUAUGUGUUUCAUUAUUAGGGCACCAUAGAUUCUAAGCUUUGUGACAAAACAAUAACUGGGAUCUCCAGCCUGGGGCUGUCUGCUCUAACUGAACUUCAGCUUUAUGCAAUGUAAGCUCUAAGGUACACCCCUUCUCUAAUACAGAGCUGUAUGUUUGUUGUUUACACCAUUUUAUUGCACAUUUAGCCACUGACUAUAUUGCUACUUUAUACAUACAUGUUAUUAAUAAUCAUAUUCUCGGGUACUAACUGGGGGGUUAUAGUUCAGUAGAAGCCACAGGUUGGUGAUCCCAGGUUUAAAGAGUUCUGUGUUUACAAUUUAGUGGCAGGCAUUUCAUUUUUGUCAUGCUGUGAAUGUGUUAGCAUUAGUGUGGCGCACAAACUGCAAGAGACUGGGUUUGGCAGAAGCCGAUACCUUGAUGCUGUUUUAUAAACAGUCUUUUAUUUGGGCUCUCUUUCCAGCAUGGGGAAUAGAUCAGCCAAACUGUAACCCACUCCUCUCAUGGAUAGUGCAUGAUACCACAUGAUUUCCGUUUUAGAAAUAAUGAAGAAUUGUUUUUUUAAUGUCCAUCAAUGAGGAAGUUCAUAUCUUCCAUUUUGUAGAUGGAACCAAAUUUCACAGUUGGUGUUCAUAACCAAUAAAGGUUCCAACGUAGGUCCACAUGAAUCCUAUAUUACUGCUAGCUGAUCUAGAGGAAGGCAGAACCCCAUCUCAUGUCUCAGAGGGGUAACAUUCCCUCCUGACUCCAAAAGGGGCAAUCAGACCACACACUCUAUCAACUUUGUACAGAACCUAUUGAUAGGUUUUUCUUCUUGUAUUUUCUUACUUACCUAAAGGCAUCCCUUUUCUGGUGUGUCUGCCAUUACAAUGACUUCCAGCUUCCCAUGGAACUUUAAAGGAGAAGGAAAGAUAAAAACUAAGUAAGCUUUAUCAGAAAGGUCUAUGUAAAUACAGCCAUAAGCACUCACAGAAAUGCUGUACUGAGUCCUUUAUCAAAAGAAACACAGGAUUUCUUGUCUCCUUUUGUGUAAACAUGUUUUUUGGUAUCUGACUUCCUCUCUCAGAAAAAUCCUUAAUUUCCGGGGCCAAAGUCUGUGCAGCUCUCUCCCAUCUCCUUCUCCCCCCUCCCAUAAGAAUUUACUCCCCCUCCCAUAAGAGUGUAAUCUGAACUACCAGCAGCUAGAGCUGCAGCAUGGAAGUUACUGAGACCAAGCUAAAAUGGCAGCUGCAAUCUUACACAAACAGAGAAAGCUUCUAGGGCUCUUUAUUCAGGUAUGGUAAUGGUUUCUACAGAAUAAAUAUAUCAUUUUAGGUGGCACUAAUAUGACGAAUCUAGUGGAAGUAAAAUGCCAAAAUGCCUUCCCUUCUCCUUUAAUGGAUGCCAUUGUGUUGCCUGUAAGGCUCUGAUGUUUUAUAAAACAUUAUCCCCUAUAUCUAAUAAAAGACCCCAAGUUUUCUCAGGAGCAGUAACCCAUAGGAACCAUAAAAGAAAAAAUAAGAUUUUGCUUUUAGGUAGUAUAUUCUACGUGCUGAUUGGUUGCUAUGGGUUACUUCUUCUGGGCAGACUUAGUGCCUUUUAUUACAUAACCCCCAUGUGUAAUAUUGUAUGGUUCCCUUCUAUAUAUAUACCUAGUAGCCAGCUUGGUCAGCCUUUCCUCCUAACAAGUGCAUUUCCCUUUCUGCAACCCUUUUAAUACCAUAUAGAACAAUAUCUUGCUGCUGCAGGUUUCUAUCCACCUCUAGGUGAGGAUUUGCCUUACCUGCUAACAUUAAAUAUGUCAUUUGCAUGUUGUAAAUGCCAAGUGCAUGACCUUACAUUUAUUGAUCCGGAAUCUCACGUGCCACCCAGAUUCUCGGUUUAUCAAGAUCUCCCUAAUAGAAAGCACCUUGUGCAUGCAUUUAAUUAACUGAUGCAUUUAGAAUAAAGUUGCCCAUACACGCACCGAUAAUAUCGUAAGAAACCUUGUUUCUUACGAUAUUCGGUGCGUGUAUGGCAAGUCGGUGAGUCGACCGAUAUCGCAGGAGGCUGCUGAUAUCGGUCGACUCGCCGAUCGCCCAGGUUAAAAGAUUUUGAUCAGGCGCCAUAGAAGACGCCUGAGCAAAAUCUGCCGUCAGGGCUGAAUCGGCAGAAGGAGGUAGAAAUCCUAUUGUUUCUACCUCCUUAUCUGCCGUUUCAGCCCUGAACGUUAGUGGAGACCGAAGCAGUUUUUCCCAGUUGUACUGGACCCAUUGUAUCUCACCAUCGUUAGAGUAACUGACAUAAGCAGUUAUCAAUAAGAUGCCUUGACAAGCCUACAUACCUCUGUCACCUUGUAACAAAGGGGAAUGAUACAUUCUCUGUAGGUUUCUAUGCAGUGCGCUGUACUGUAUCUGUUCAGCUUUAAAGGGGUAUGUGAGAGCCUGCAGGCCCCAUACCUGUGUAAUUGGGUGCCUUAAUAGGUGAAUCAAAUCUUAGGGGUGGGUAGGUGAGUUCUGAAACCUGCAGUCAGAAGCCAAGAAAAGAAAGAGGGCAUGUGUCACACAGCUUUAGUUUUUGGGCGACACAAAUUACAGUUCUCUAUUCAUUUUAAAGCCAUUUGAACAUUUGCCUUUGUCACAUUUUUGCAGAAAAUACUUACCAGGUUUGAGUUGAGGAGAUAUUUUUAUAAAAAAAAAAA